GGGAACCGCUGUGCUGCGAGCCUUCGUGCUGAGCUUCACCACCUUGAGCUCCGCCGGCAGAGUUCAUCGUAUCCGGGUCGGCCUGGGACGGCGGCACUUGCUGUGAUAACGUCGGAGGUGGUCUGCCUCGGGAAUCCAAACGAGAGACUCUUCACUUCCUCUCGCCACCACGUAAUUCCGGUUGGCUGCCCACUCCCUUUUCACCCAGCAUCAUAACCGAUUCCGUGAGUCCAUAUCAUGAGCCGAGAACCUGCUCGCAAAUCGAGCGGGAUUAAGUCCUCCCGGGGGCGAGCGAACGGCCAGGAAGCAUUGAAACAUGGAAGAGCGCGCUCCAUACCUCAAUGCCUCCUGGUCGCUUACCCCGCGUCGUUCUCGAAAAGCGAAUGAGGCUGUGUCCCGAUCAGCCUCAAAAUCUUCCCUGUCACAUGAACUGGACUGCCACGAAAGUUCUUGUGCGAGCAGUAUAUGGAACGCUGCCUUGCCCACCAUCUUGCCCUGGGUACAGGGCGGCUAUUCGAACUCGUGCAUGCCCUACAAACUUUUUUCGUUCCUAUCGUUGCGAGGGUACUCGCGGAUUCGGCGUUUCAAUCCCCGCGAGACGCUCUGCUCACCCAUUUCACCGGCUUUGGCCUCUGGAACGUGCGAAGCUUCCUUGGUUCUUCCUAUCAUUGCGUCCCACGUCCGUGCAAGCAAAAAUCGUUGGAAGAUUGCGAAUGUUGCCCACGCCGUUUCGCCGGUUCCAGUCCGCGGUAGGACAGGCAACAAUCGCCUGCUCCUCAUCAUCCACAAAGACUUCAAGCGGACGAUUCGGAUCCGGGGAAGCCCGGUCGGCGGUCGCGCGUUCUUGUAUUUACGCAAUGUACGCUUACGUCUUCGUUCGCGCCGCGUCCCAUUGUUACGGGGCGAAGGCAGUCAGUCCACCCAUCAGUGCCGCAUACGAGGGAUCCGCAGCGCUCUCGUCGAGACCAUCCGAGCUCGGUCUCACUAUGUACCAGUGUCCUUGGGUAUUCCUAUGGGUCGGUAAUGUCAUGCUUCCAUACCGCGCAACCUGUGUCUGGCUCGGUCGCCGCAUUGACGGCGUUAAUGAUGACAGCUUCAGCGGUGAUCUCGGCUUUAGCGGUCUCCCGGGUGGGUUCCGUGAACGAGAUGUUGCCCAUGCGGUCUACGAGAUAUGAGGAAAAUAUCGCACACAGACACCGAGUGUCGACCGACUUGCAUCGUCUUCCCACC